AUGCUGGAUACAAGUGUGUGUUGGUGUGGUGUGUGUGGUGUGUGUGGUGUGUGUGGUGUGUGUUGGUGUGUGUGGUGUGUGUGGUGUGUGUUGGUGUGGUGUGUGUGGUGUGUGUGGUGUGUGGUGGUGUGUGUGGUGUGUGUGGUGUGUGUGUUGGUGUGGUGUGUGUGGUGUGUGUGGUGUGUGUGGUGUGUGUGGUGUGUGUGCUGGUGUGGUGUGUGUGGUGUGUGUGUUGGUGUGGUGUGUGUGGUGUGUGUGCUGGUGUGGUGUGUGUGGUGUGUGUGUUGGUGUGGUGUGUGUGGUGUGUGUGCUGGUGUGGUGUGUGUGGUGUGUGUGUUGGUGUGGUGUGUGUGUUGGUGUGGUGUGUGUGUGGUGUGUGUCUGA